AUGAGUUAUUCCAUGGAUGAUCGAAAUGGCAGCGAAAUGGAAUUUUCGAUCUCGGGUUCAAUGGAUGCACCUACGUAUCGUGAUAAUGAUGGUGCUCAGGAUGGUGAUGGCCCACAAGCACCUGGUAUGCAAAAUGCUAUGCAACAAGAGGAUGAUGCCAACACCAAUGACCAGGCCAGUACCAGUGAAGAAGGACGCAGCUGGAUUUUCGCCUACAAGUAUGGUGAACGAUACAUGACUGAACAAGGCAAGGAGCGUAUCCGUUGCAAAGUUGGCAACUGUACCAAGAUGUAUUCAAGUAUCAAGAAAACUACAACAACAUUUAUCACGCACCUUCGCAACUCGCAUGGCAUUACCGAGUUCACUGGGCCUCAUGCACACGAUAAGAAACGAGGAGGCCCACUUGAUUCAUUUCUGGCAAAGCGUACCAGAACAUUCGACCAAAAUGAAUUCAACCAGCAAUUCAUCAAGUUCCUUGUGUCCGGCAAACUGCCAUUUACCACGUCUGAAAAUAAGCACCUUCAACGAUCGUUGGAGAUGGCGCAAACGGCACCAACAAUGGCUGCUAUCAAACUUCCAAACGCUGUUACAUUUGCAAGGAAGACCACUAUGGAGUACCAUGCAUGCUAUGAUAGGCUUAGGACCGUGUUACAUGAUUUGCUUGCCAUUUCAUGCACCUUGGAUUGCUGGACCAGCCCCUUCAAUCAGGCUUUUCUUGGAGUGACAGGCCACUGGAUAUGUGAGAAGACAUGA